AUUAUUGACCCAUGGCGGACUCCCGACCCCAAGCGCGAGGCGGCAUGGUCAUUGGAGCCGUGCGCCCGGGAUUGGGUCGAAAGACGGCAGAUCCAGCAAACGCGACGUGCCAAAAGUGCUUAAAGAAGGGCCAUUGGACGUUCGAGUGCCAGGGCAAAGCAGCGUACGUCAGACGACCGAGCCGCUCCAAACAACUGGCCAACCCAAAAUUGCGGCAGCCGUUCAAUACGGACAAGCCGCCUGAGCGAAGCGUGUAUGAGGGCGGAGACAAGCAAGCCGAGGAUGGCAAACCCGAAAAGAAAGUUUCCAAGAAGCGAAAGGACGACGACUCAUCUUCGUCAUCGUCGUCGAGCUCGUCCGACUCGAGUUCGUCGAGUUCAUCAAGUUCGUCCAGUUCGUCGGACUCAUCAUCCAGCUCAGAGAGCGAAGACGAAAGACCCCGAAAGAAGCAAAAAGAUUAGGCCCCACCACAUAAGCUCUAGGCAUCAUGAAUUACUUAGCCCACCUGCCUCUCGGUUAUCGGUGCAAAGCACGCCAAUUUCCGCAUGUGUAGCUGGUAUGCAGCUUUACUACUAACAGUUAAUACGCCAUGUUGCU